AUGUCUGAUUUCUUCAAGUCCUUCAACAAGUCCUUGAGUCAACGCCAACGUGCUACUUGGCUUAUCGGGUCCAAGCUAGUGGAUCCGCAGAGCGAUUUGGAUCAACGUGAUUGGGAUGAGUGCGCCAAGCGGCUCACCUUCGCGAUAAACACCGCAAGGGAUCAGAUACGAGGUGAAACCCCUUUCUACAUGAUACAUGGUUGGGACCCUAGAUCCACUCGAUCCCGGUAG